AUCGAAACUUCUUGAAACUAGGAAUAGUUAGUUCAAUAAUAAUAAUUGUAAAUCUUCUAAAAUGGGAAGCAGCCUUGAACCAUUUAAAAACGGAAUAAAUUUGUUUAUGCAUCCCGAUGUAACUCCCGAUCCUACCAAGGAACCAACUUUUGAUGCUUGUUCCGGUUUCAUAACUUGCCGCAAAAUGAGGUGUUUGCCUUGCUCAGAAGAUGAAUUGAAAUCAGCUAAAAUACCACUGGAAGACCGGGAUUAUUGCGCGCAUCUUCUGAUGAAGUUUCGCGUUUGUAGAAAGGACAACUGGCCUUUUGCCGUUUGUAAGGCUGAAAAGCACGAAUACCUUAAAUGCCAACACGAAGAUUUUAUUUUGAGAAUGAAGGAGUAUGAACGAGAAAGAAGAUUGAUGCUGAAAUAUCGUAAAUAAGAUUUAAAGUAAAGAUAUGUUUUAUUUUUGUAUUUUUGUUUAUUGUUCAAGUGCUAUAGUCGAAUUAAGACAGUAGA